UUGAGAGAGAAAGGCAGCGGUAGCCAGCCUCCGAUAUUUCCCCUCCCAUCUCUUUGAAUAUAAUUUUAGAUUUAGAUUCAGAUUAAAUCUAAGGGGAAAGCACUUUAUAAGACAGAGCUGUGUAGUUGCGAGAGCCAGGGUUAUGAGCUAUCAAAUGCAGUUACAUUAAGACAGAUUAUACUGGGCAAAUUGAGCCAUUUAGAAGGUGAGAAUCAAAGAAAAACUCUGCUCCUCUUCCCUCCUACUCUCUCCUCUCUCUCCUCUCUCUUUCUAAAUUGCAGCCCCCUAGUCUCUUGCAAUUCUGAGGCACAAAAAAGUAGGUGAGACUGCUUUUGUAUCUGCAAAGUGCUUCACUUCUGAAUGUAAUUCUAGCUGAGUGCAAUCUAGGUUAAGAGCUGGACAACCGGGUAAUUAGAGCUCAGUGGCUGCCAAAGGGCCGUCCGCUGCGCUAGCUCAUCCCGCUUCCCGGAGCCGAGACCUCUCCUCCCCGGAGCGGAGGCUGCAGCGGCUGGAGACGCAACGCCCGCCUUCGGACACUUCUCCCUCUCCGAGAUGAUGGUGCUGGACAAGGAGGACGGGAGGAAGUAAAGGCCUGACCUGGUCGGACACAACAGAGGGGUCCAGAGGCCGGCAGCCGGGAGACUGAGGAAGCUCAUUCUGCCUGGCCCCAGAGGGCAGAACCAGCACGAAUGAAUGGAAGUGGAAUCGAGGCAGAUUGGGGCUCCAUGUAAAGAAAAUCUUCCUAACAAUCAGCUGUCCUCAAUAUGGAAUCGACUGCCUCAGAAGGUGUGCCCAUGCUGUCUGUCCACCCCAAGGGGAAACAGAAAGGCUGUGCUGGCUGUAACCGGAAGAUCAAGGACCGCUAUCUCCUGAAGGCCCUAGACAAGUACUGGCAUGAAGACUGUCUGAAGUGCGCCUGCUGCGACUGCCGGCUGGGAGAGGUGGGCUCCACGCUCUACACCAAGGCCAACCUCAUUCUGUGCCGCCGGGACUACCUGAGGCUCUUCGGCACCACGGGGAAUUGUGCCGCCUGUAGCAAGCUGAUCCCGGCCUUCGAGAUGGUGAUGCGAGCCCGGGACAACGUCUACCAUUUGGACUGCUUCGCCUGCCAGCUCUGCAACCAGAGAUUUUGCGUGGGAGAUAAAUUUUUCCUGAAAAACAACAUGAUCUUGUGUCAGAUGGACUAUGAGGAGGGGCAGCUGAAUGGAAGUUUUGAAUCACAGGUUCAGUAACCCCAUCCCUUCACCUGUCUGGGGGCCCCGGGCUACACCCGACGGGCAGCUCAACAGCCCUCUCCGGCUGCAGCAAGGGGGCUGGCCAUUGGCCUGGCUCGGCCUGCCCAUGAUCUUUUUAAAAUUCUCCAUCCACAGAGGGACACCCCCCCCUCCAUGGUCCCUUGCCGUCCCCGCCCGGCACCAAGCCGUUACAGGUAUAGAUGUGCGGUUGCACCCGUGUUCCUGAGCACUGCCUUGCCUUUCCCCACCUCACCUACCUAGUCUUGUGUGUGAGUCUCUGGGGGCCAGGCAGGGCCUGUACAGCCUGUCUUCUGUAUAUAAACUGGAACAUUUAUUUUAUGAGAAAUGUAAUGCAAUUUUAUUACUGGUGUGAAUUAAAAAAGUAUGAAUGUUU